AUGCACCGCCGCUCCUGGUCUCGUGCCUGUGCUGCCUGUUGCCGCCCGUUGCUGCCCGUGCCUGUGCUGCCUGUUGCCGCCCGUUGCUGCCCGUGCCUGUGCCGCCCGUUGCCGCCCGUUGCUGCCCGUGCCUGUGCCGCCUGUUGCCGCCCGUUGCUGCCCGUGCCUGUGCUGCCCGUUGCCGCCCGUUGCUGCCCGUGCCUGUGCUGCCCGUUGCCGCCCGUUGCUGCCCAUGCCUGUGCUGCCCGUUGCCGCCUGUUGCUGCCUGUUGCUGCCCGUGCCUGUGCUGCCUGUUGCCGCCCGUUGCUGCCCGUGCCUGUGCUGCACGUUGCCGCCCGUUGCUGCCUGUGCCUGUGCUGCCUGUUGCUGCCAGUGCCUGUGCUGCCUGUUGCCACCCGUUGCUGCCCGUGCCUGUGCUGCCUGUUGCCGCCCGUUGCUGCCCGUGCCUGUGCCGCCCGUUGCCGCCCGUUGCUGCCCGUGCAUGCGCUGCCCGUUGCCGCCCGUUGCUGCCCGUUCCUGUGCUGCCUGUUGCCGCCCGUUGCUGCUCAUGCCUUUGCCUGCGCCCUCGUGCGCUCUGGUGCUGCCCGCGCCCUCGUGCGCCCUGCUGCUGCCCGCGCCCUUUUGCGCUCUGCUCUGCCUGCGCCCUCGUGCGCUCUGCUGCUGCCCGCGCCCUCGUGCGCCCUGCUGCUGCCCGCGCCCUUGUGCGCUCUGCUCUGCCUGCGCCCUCCCACCCCUUCAGUAGGAUUCCAAGAAGUCGUGCGUCUUCGCUCAGAGAUCAAUGACCUUCAGACGACAUUGAAAGAAACGCAGGAGUGGGCUCUGGACGUUCAGAUCGCGCUCGACGAGAAGGAGGUGGCGUAUGCAUCUCUAUCCCUGCGCUUCGAGGAGCAAGAAGCGUUGAUCCUUGCUCUGCGCCAGCAGAUUGCAAACACCGCCAACACUCAUGGCGCUGUUGUCAACACUAUCAUCAUGCCGACCUACGACCUGCAGAUGCUCCCACGGGACCACAACAACGUCGUCAUCAUCCCGGCAACGCUAUACCAAGACCAUCCGUGUGGGAAAAAGGCCCUAGAGGCCUUCACCUUCAUGACGACAACAGCACCGACUUGGAAGAUUCUCUUCUAUCCGUCGUGGCCCGACUUGGGCGAGAUGAUGGCAGAGAAGUACGCUAAAGAUGGCGUCUCGAGGGAUAUGUUUUACUACGUGAUCUGCAACUUCCCUGCAAAGGAGAACAUUGCCAUGCGCAAGGUGUCGGAAAAGCGCAGCAACUACAACUGUGACAUCAAGACGGUCAACCAGCAGAAUGUGGAUCUGAAGAUCUCACACGUGGUGCAGUGGAUCAAGGAGACCUAUGACAACGGGGACCAUGCUAUUUGGGAUCCCGUGGCUCCUGCUGGCUUCAGGAUGUCACCUAAUGUGAAGAUUCUCAUUGAAGGAUAUGAGUCUCUCAUUUUUCCCAACGGAUUGCCUCCUGUGACUUGGCUCAUUGAGCACAGUAGAGAAGCUUUGACAUGCUUUGUUCCCAAUUCCUAA